GGAUCUCACAGCUGUCGCUUAGAGGAAAGGAUGACCAGAGAACAUCCUCCUGAGCCUCUUGAUUUCUUCAUCUGGACUGUUGAGGAUGUUGGGUCUUGGCUCGAGGAGAUAAACCUUGGGGGCUACCGCCAGAUUUUCAAAGAAAAUGGUGUCAAUGGAGAAUAUCUAGAAAGCAUGUCUGUGUUUACAACCGAGCAGAUCCUUCACUUCAUAAGGAGGCAUCACAUGAAGUGGGGAGACUUCAUUACCCUCUGUAAAGAACUCAGAAGGAUUAAAGUGGCUUGCUUGAAAGGUGAGCAGAGAGUUCGACGGCCAUGGUGGGCACCGUCUUGUCUAUCCGUAGUGUUUGUUAAGGCAGCCAAACGCAACCGACAGUCUCGUGUUGUAUCUCUCAAGCUUGAAUCUUGACAUUACACUUUGGCUGUUUAUGUACGUACUUGUCUCUCUUCUCUUCUUUUCUGUUCCUUUUUUUGGUUUGGGUUUGUUCGUGGCACAUGCACUAGGAAGAAACAAACUCAAGCCAAAAAGCUGUUUGGCUUGGUAAAAUCUUGCAAGCGGAAAAAAAAAAGUUAUGCGUUUUGUACUUUGCUGUAUACAAAGCUUGCUUGCUCUCAGAUGUUUAAUUAUGGCUUGUGAAAAUUUUAUGUGACUGAUAAUAAUAGUGUGACUAAUCU